AUGGAGCGGCGCGGCCCCGUCCACGCGCUGCCCGAGGAGAUCCGCAAGAUGCCCCGCGACCAGACAGUGUGCAAAUACUGCGGAGUCAGCUACCUGACACUCCACGAGUUCAAGGUGAUGGAAGACAAAGUCAAAGCAAUGGAGAAGGAGAUUAAAGUUUAUAAGGGAAGCCUAGAACGGGAGCAGAGGCUUCAGGCAGAAUUGCAGGCUCUUCACCACGACCUCGAGCGCUGCCGGGCGGAGAGCGAAUCCAAAACGGAAAGGAUAAAAACCCUGACAGUGGAACUUAAAACCAAGCAGGAGGAGAUGAAAACUGUGAAAGCUGAUUUGCAGUAUUUCCAGGAGGAGAAGGAAGCUGCCUACAAGCAGUCACAGGUGCUCAGAACUACCUUGGAACACCAUUGCUCCACCCUGAACAAGGCUGUCUCACUGUUCCCUUUCAUUAGGAGUGAAUUAGACAGUAUUAAAGAGGUCAUCUCCACCAACAUGGAGAGCUUUGCUGCCAUGAAGGAAGAAAUUUUUCGGCAAAUAAAGGCCAUGAGCAAAGAAGCUCUGACAGAAAUACCCAAAUUGAACCAAAGAUUGGCAAAAUCCCAGCGGGAGAACGAGUGUCUGCAGGAGAAGGUCAAACACCUCACUGAGGUGGCUGACACAGUUGAGCUGAAAACUCAGCAGCUCCAAACUUCCCUUCAGCAGGGGAACGAGCUCCAGAGUCGGUGCCGUGAGCUGCAGAAGGAAACUCUGGAUUUAACAAAUCAGGUGGAGACAGCUGGCCUGCAGCUGCAGAAGGUGACAGCAGAGAUGGACCACUACAAGAAGCUGUUGCUGGUGAAGUCAACAGAACUUGAUGUCUGUCAAAACGAACUGAAAAAGAUCAAAUAUGAGAAUGGCAUUGCUGAGUCCAGACUUACAAAAGAGCUGAAGGAAAAGGAGGAAUCCCUUCUUGUUUGCCAACAAGUCUGCAAACAUUUACAGGAGGAGGUGGCUGAGAAAGAAAGGAGAGAAGAAGAUCUGAAAAGAAGAACUGGGAGAUCAGAGAGUGAGCUGGAAACCCUUAAAGCUCUGCUGGGCCAAACAGAGCAGGAGGUGCUGAUGCUGAAGCAGGAGAGGGAGCUGCUGAAGAGCAGGACGGAGCAGCUGCAGGAGACGCUGAGGCAGAAGGUGCAGAGUGAGGACUCCUGGAGGGACAAGGUGACCCUGGGGGCUCUGCUUUGGGGGGCUCAGUUCCACCAAGGGCACAGGGAAGCAGGGAAUGACCUCCAGUGCCACGUGUGGUGGAGUCAUGGAAUCAUACACAGCCCGGUUUGGAAGCGACUCCGCCAAAAGUUCUGUCAGGAGCACACAAAUCUUGUUUGCCUUUGGCCUCUGAGUCUGCUGGGGCCUCAGAGCCCUGAAUUCACAGGGAAGCUGGAGAUGGACCUGGCCAAAGGGGAGGCUCGGCACAAAGAAGCAAUUCUCAAAGUCAGGGAAGAGGCCAGAGUGGAGCUGGAGCUGGAGAGACAAAAGCAGCAGGAAGUGAUCACAAAGUACCAGAGAGAGCACGAGGAGCUCCAGCAGAAGAUCCCAGGUUUAAUAUCCAGUGCCACCAAGAGCUUGAGGAUGGAGAUGGAAAUUCUGGAGAAGAAGCUCCAAGAUGCCCAAAUGAAAGUGGCAGAGAAGGAUGGAGACAAGGAAAAAGAAAUCCAGAGCCUUAAAAGGCUCAUCAGUGAGCUUGAGUUCCAGCUGACCAUGGAAAAGAGCAACAAUGAAUCAUUCCUGGAUAAAAUGAGGAAAGAAAUUAAGCACAAGUCAGAUGAACUGGAAAAAUUAACCCAGGAGAAGACACAGCUGAUUCACAGCUUGAGUCAAGUUCAAGAGGAGAAUUCCCUGCUGCAGGACACGGUGCGCCGGGAGUGCGAGGAGCGCUUCGAGCUGACGGCGGCGCUGGGCCGGGCCCGGGAGCAGGUGCUGGAGCUGCGGAGGCUCAGCGGGAGCCUCCCCGCCGGGGAGCUGCGCCUCUCCGCAGCGCUGGGCACGGCCAGGGCCGCCCGGGCCCCCGGCUCGGGCCGGCACGGCGGCAGCACCGCCGGAUCCCUGGAUGCUCCCAAGGGAAGGGCGGCCCCGCCGGGCGAACCCCGCGGCCGGGUCCCCGCCGGGAUGAGGCACCGGCCGAGCCAGCUCUGACAGCUCCGCCUGGGAAACCAUUCCAGCCGCCAAAGGAGCACCUCCCGAACUCAUCCAUUCCUACAGUUUAAAAUCCAGUUAAAUUUUUUGUUUAUUUUUGAGGUAAUAUCUUUUAUCUGUCCAAUAAUUUAUUCAUGGUGUAAUUAAAUGCUGGGCACAUUUCAAGAUGGGAAAAGUGAAAAGAGUCUCUCCAAGAGGAGCACAAAGAGCAGCACAUCUUCAAUGAGUGGGGUUGAAAUCAGAAAACGCCUGGAUCCCAGAAGGUUUGGGUUGGAAGUGGCCUUAAAGUUCAUCCCAUUCCAACGUCCUGGCCCUGGGCAGGGAAUAAUGGCCCAGCAUCACAGGAUCCAGGAUGGAUGGGGCUGGGAACAGCCUGGGACAGGAGCUGGAUGAGCUUUGAGGUCCCUUCCAACUCAAAUCAGUCUGUGAUUGCAUGAUUCCAUCAUCUCAAACCUGGGCUCUUAUCCCCCUGUUUGUGUCCUGGAGCAGCAGCUGCAGUGAAGGAGGAGUGUGGCCAGGGAGGAACAGCACGUAAAAUAACGGGAGCAGGAACGGGAUCAUGGCUCUGGCACGAGGGAGUGGCCAGGUCCUGGAGGCAAACCAAGUCCAGAACAAAUAUUUCCCUUCUCCCCCUCCCUCCCAGAACCCGGAGCUCCUGCUGCUAAGCAAUAAACAAAAUAUGGAAAUGUCAGGGACCCUUUUUAACUGGCUUUGAAAACAAUUUAAUGAAUCUCACCAUGUCAAGGAAAGUUUACCAAGUGUUUUCCAUGGUGGGAUGACAGGCAGAGCACAAAGUGCCACAGAGGAUGUGGACACCUCAUUACAGCCCUGAAAUUUUAGGAAAUCAAACUUCCUGCAGGAAGUUCUUGUAGGAGUGGUGUCAGGGACCUUGCACUCCAGGACUCGUGGCACGAGGCAAAGCCAAAUAAAGCUCCAGGAACAAACCUGUCCCUGUGGAUCCUGCCCUGCUGGCCGUGGGCAGCAUUCCAGCCCUUCCCUUGGAGAAAACAUCCCAUGGCACGAGGCUGUCCUGUCCUUCCCUGCUGGAAAGGCUUCAGACUGCCCCUGGCAGAGCUGGGGGUGGUGCCUGCUCUGGAGGGAGCUCCUGCAGCCCUGAACCUUUCCAGGCAGGAUCAAUCCCCUGUGCCAGGCAGGGAAAUGGGGCUCGGUGGGCUGGGGCUGAUGCUCUGUGUGAGCCCCAGACACAUUCCUGGUGUGGCCAAAGCCUCCUGGCUGUCCCUGCUCCCAGGGGACAAAGGGACAGCACAAGAGGAGCCCUGGAAUCUCAGUCAGUGCCUCAGUGUGGCUCAUCCUUUUCCCACCUGAAGUUGCCCAAAAUGCAAUGUUCUCCACAGAUGAUGUGAUGGAGAGUCCAGCCCCUGUCUGGUCCUGCUUCUCCUCCAGCAGAAUUUGGGAUCAGCACGGGCCAUGCACAGCUUGCCAUGGAUAUCACUUCAUUCCCACUGGGAUAUCACAAACCAAAGCUGGGAUGAUCACUAGACCUUGCUCUGAGGUGUGUGUAGGAUCUGGGAUCCCGACUGUGCCUUGCAGAUGGAGUUUUUCUACAAAAGAAGAAAUUGGACUGCAGGAAAAAGCAACUUAGUUCCUAAGCAGUGUUAAAAGUGCAUGGAAAUAGAAACUGAUGCCACAGAUCAUUAAAAUGUAUUAAUCAGAAUAAAAGCAUGACUGUCUUUCUUUGUACUGUGCAUUUUCAAUACCAAAUAAGAGUAGGAUAAUGAAACUGGGGAAAGUUCCCUUCGCAGACAACUUCCCCCCCCCAGCUGCAUUUUUAGUUAUUUAAAACAGGCCCUUAUUUCCAUCAUGAAAAUUCCAUGUUGGAUUUUGUCCUUGGUGGUUACAGGUGGUUGAGAGUGCCCUGCUGAAGGAAGAACAAACCCCAAACAGCUGUGAUGGUGUGAAACAAUAAUCUGGGGUUUUCAUCCUCACAGCACACACAGAAUUCAUUGGGGUGGGAUGAUAAAAAGGGCACUGCCUGAGAUUAAUGCUGGGGGAUUUUCACACCAGGAAUGUCAUUUGUGUGGAGCAUCUGGUGUUGCCUUGAGAGCUGCUCCCAGGUCAUGGCCAGCUCCCAUGGAUUGUUCUCCUUGGCCCUCCAGGCUCUGGAUCAGCCGUGCCCAGAACGAUCCCACCUUGCUCCUCCCGGGGUGGGGACAGGGCUCGGUGCCAGGGGAGCCAAGGCAGGGACACAGGUGCCACCAGGCCUCUCAGGGGGAUGGAGACCCUUCCACUGAGGGGGUGGGCCCAGGGUGUGUCUGAGGCCACAUUUCCAGUCCCCACCCUCCCUCUGUUCCCUGCAGUGGGAUGUGGCUGAGACCAGCAGGAGUCAGGCACUGGAGUCAGGCAUGGAAUGAACACAGGGUGGGAAACGUCAGGGAAAGGGGGAAUAACCCAGGGGGUCCAGAUGGGAGGAAAGAGCUGACAUCUGGAAAGGAAAAUCUCAGUGUGAGAGAGAGGAAAAUGCCCUCCCCUGGAGCUGUGCAGCCAGAGAGGAUCCCUGCAGUGGUGGAGCCCCUGUGCUUGAGUCAUUCCAAGCGGGUGGGAAAUAUCCAUGGAAAAUGUCCUGGCAGGAGCAGCCCUGCACUGCAGGAGCAGCUGAACCCAGUGUCCCAAAGGGGAUUUUCCAUCUCCUGAUUUAUGGGAUGUGGAAAGUGGUUAGGUUUGGCCUGGCACCACUCCAGGGGGCAGUGCCCAGCUGGCACUACCUGCCUGGGGCUCUGGGGAAAGAGUCCUGGAAGAAAUCUGGUGGGCACAGAGGAAAGGAGCCUGGAGAGCCAUGGAAUGCAGCAGGUUCUUCUUCUUGCCGGAGGGUCACACUCUGUCCUGCCCAGAUGUCCUUCACCAUCACCACCACCAUUGUCACAGACUGUGUUGAGUUGGAAGGACCUUAAAUCCCACCCAGUGCCACCCCUGCCAUGGCAGGGACACCUCCCACUGCCCCAGGUGCUCCAGCCCCA